AUGUCGGCCUACGGGAAGAUGGCACAGUUCAAAGUGGAAGAUCUCCAGGACAUCCCUGGCCACCACAUGGGAGACCAUUUCAGCAGUGGAGCUGGUGAGGCCCGUGCGCAGCUUUUUCUGGAGAUGGCCAGCGCAAGGGAUGCCUUGCACAAGGAGGUGGAAGACGUCACCAAACGACAGACAGGAAAGACCUCCUUCGAAGCGGAUCCCAGUGCAUUUAGUUCGGAGCGCCUGUCGAAAUUGGACCUCGAUGAGUUGUCUUUGGCUGAGGACCUUCUGAACAAAGCCAGUAGUAUGGCGCCUGUAACAGUUCUGCCCUUCUCGAAUCCAUACUUGGUGCAAGCCAACAGACCAGUGGAUCUCUUGAAGUUAAGCAAGGACGAGCUCGGGCAGGCAAUCGUUUGCAUCACCAAAGCAUUGGCAAUUUGUCCAGGGUGUAAAUUAUGGUCGCGUCUCGCAGACAUUUACGCACGCCUUUGGGUUGUGGAGGAUGAUUCCACUUGCUUAAAGGAAAGCUGGACACAGAAGCUUGAGGCAGAUCGCAGUUGGCCUCCACGGCUGAUCUUCCUGUGUCGUCAGACGAAAGUCCUGAACCUCAUGAUUCAGUCGUCCAUUCGCCAAUCCAUUCGGCGGGCUGCACCGGUAGCUGACCAGCAGCACUUGGCCAGAGCCUGGUUUGAAAGGAAAUUGGAGUUGCUAGUGCUGAUGAUGCUACGGCGGCGAUAUUUUGCCAAGCUUGAUGGCAAAUUGCAUUUGCGCCGCUGUCAGCACCUGGCGCUGAGUCUCAUUUGGUUCUUGGUGCACUGCACGGACUAUGGAGAUGUGAUCCCGGCUUGCAGGGAGGCUCUUCAAAAGGCUGUGCUGAAGCUUCCGGAGGAGUGGCAAGGCUUUGCAGGCCGUGCUGAGCCUUUGCUUUGUUUCAGGAGUGGAGCACUUGGAUCGCCUCCUGCUUAUCUUUGGUACGUUCCCUAUGUCAUGGGGCGAAUCGAGUGGAAGCUUCGAAAGCAACUGGGUGCACAUGCUUCAGCAGAGGCCGCUCUAGGCCGUUGGGCAAUGGUGCAAGGGUUGAUCCAAAAUUUUAAAACAUGUGCUUGA